AUCAACAUUGCAAUGUUCCGCGGUUCAGUUUUGUGUUUGUACGUUCUGUUUCAGACUGUUCUUUCCAUUCAGUUCCCUCCUUCAAAUGACACCGAAGGUUUCCGCACACUUUUACGCGAGGCCAAACACUUAGUGGUUAUCACAGGUGCUGGGAUCUCGCGAGGGGUGCCUGCCUACUCGGAAGCCUGGGGUCCGUGGCGCAACUUCUAUGCGACCGACCUCGACAAUGACUAUACCUUUGAGAACUUACCGUUCCUAGUGUGGCAGUUCACACACUACAGAAGAGAGAGUAUUCUGAAAGCUGGUCCUAAUGCUGCUCACAAAGUACUGGCCGACUACGAGGAACAUUUGCGGACAGAGGGUAAAGGACGUAACUUGACCAUCAUCACUACUAACUUUGACGGACUUCACAUUCAAGCUGGUUCACAGAACGUCAUCGAGGUUUGUGGUUCCUUGUUCAAAACCAGAUGUCUGAAGUGUGGAAAAGUCUUGGAGAACAGAAACCAACCUAUGUGGCCCUCCCUGGCUGGUAAAGGAGACCCCAACGCACACGACUACACCCAGGUAGAGGAAGACGUUCUACCACACUGUGAGUGCGGAGGUAGAUUGAGACCUCACAUCUUGUUCCAAGGAGAAAGCAUCUCUAAACAAGUCAUCUACCAAGCUGAGGAUGUAUUGCGUGUGGCCGACCUGUGUAUGGUGAUCGGGUCGUCUGGUGAACUCGCCCCAGUUGACGAGUUCGCCCCCACCCUAGCCGGCCGCGGAGUACCAGUAGCGGAAUUGAACCUCCUCAACACUGACUUAACCAUAUACUACCAGUACCAAUUUAAAGGUGACUGCGUGGAAAUUCUGCCUCAUAUCAUUCAACCACUGUUAUAAAUAAUAUUAUGAAUUCAAUUUGUUUUU